AUGGCAGAGUGGCAGCAGUGCCCGACGAUCAAACGGGCCAAGGAGAUUGACGAGAGUGACCCAUACAGAACGCUUGGCGAAGCACUAGAAGACAACGUCUUGCCAGAGACGACGAAAAAUGUGCUGCACUGGUUCCGUUCCAAAGAUUUGCGCAUUCAAGAUAACAAGGCCCUGCAUGCUGCCUCCCAGAAGGCUGAAGAGGCAGACGCCCCGCUUGUGACGCUCUAUGUCCAUUCACCUGCGCAUCUGCAAUGGCAUGGCACCUCGCCUGCUCGCACUGACUUGAUCCUGAGAACCAUCAAGCAAAUGCAGGCAGAUCUCAAGAAGGAUGGUAUCCCGCUGUACAUUCUACAAACUGAGACGCGCCAGAGUUUGGUGCCUGAUGUGCUCAAGUUCAUUGCAGACAAUGACAUCUCCCAUGUCUUUGCCAACUUUGAGUACGAGCAUGAUGAACUCAUGCGAGACAUCAAACUAGCUCGCAAAUUGAAGGAUGCCAAGACCAGCUUUGAGAUCAUGCAUGACCAAUGUGCCGUAGACCCGGGAACGCUGACGACCGGUUCAGGCACACCACACAAAGUCUUCACGCCCUACCACAAGGCUUGGCUUGCAGAAAUGUCUGCUAAUGGAGACUCGCUUCUUUCUCUUGUGCCUCCGCCGUCGCCAAACUCGGAAGAGCAGCACGCAAAGCUCGAGGACAUGGGGCUUUUCAAAUCGCCGAUGCCCACCAUCCCAAAGGAAAAGACAUUUAAGAAUGAUGAAGAACGCGACCGUAUCCGCAAACUGUGGCCAGCUGGAUACGAGGAGGCGCAUAGGAGACUUGUGAAAUUUCUGGACACCAAGGCGAAAGAUUACCACCUCAAACGCUCUGAGCCUAGUGCAGACGCAACUUCACGCAUGUCGCCUUACUUUAGCUCUGGUACCAUCUCAGUCAGAGAAACACUAGCUCUGUGCCGCCAACGCAACAAGAACAGUCUCGACUUUUCCGGUAGCAAGGGCAAAGGCAUCAGUGGCUGGGUGCGAGAAAUCGUCUUUCGAGAGUACUACCGUCAGCUGACGUAUGUCUUCCCACAUAAAUCCAUGAACAUGCCUCAAAAUCUCAAGAUGGCUGCAGUAGCCUAUGUAACAGGCAAAGAAGCGGAUGACAAUUAUCAAAAGUGGUGUGAGGGCAAGACUGGCUUCCCGCUUGUCGACGCUGGUAUGCGCCAACUGAACCAUGAAGCAUGGAUGCACAAUCGAGCUCGCAUGAACACAGCUUCUCUGCUACGAACAAACAUGCUCAUCGACUAUCGACGUGGCGAGCGCUACUUUGCCGAACAUCUCAUCGAUUGGGACAUGUCCAACAACAGUCAAGGCUGGGAGCCUUCAUACACAGUCUUCAAUCCGACAACGCAAGGUGAAAACAAUGAUCCGACAGCAGAGUAUAUUCGCAAGUGGUGUCCAGAGCUGAAGGACCUCGACAACAAGAAGAUCUUUGCGCCGUUCGAGCGCUGCACACGGCAAGAGUUUGAAGCACUCGACUAUCCUGAGCCUGUUGUUGAUUGGAAAGAAACCAAAGUCAGAGCUAUCGAGGCACUGAAGCACGCCACAGCCACAGGGGAGCACUAG